UUGGCCAGCUGCGUCCUCACCGCCCCGCCCCGCCGAGCCCUCGCGGAAAAACGAUUGGCCGCGGGGAAGGCCGGGCCCGGAUGUGCGAGUCCGAGGGGCGGGCUUUAAAUGGGGCAGUGGCGGGGGGAGAGGAGCGGCGGCGGCGGUGGCGGCUGGCGGGCCCUGGGCCGCGCGUGCAGCGGGUCGGCGAGAGCGCGGGUAUAAACCAGAGAGGUGUGAAGAAACAGAAGACAUUAAAAAAUUGCAGACUUUUAUUUGGAACGCUCGUUAUGAACCCUUUCUGGAGCAUGUCUACAGCUUCUGGGCGCAAGAGACCUGAAGCUGAUGAGAAAACUUUGACUGGAGAGCUGAGAACCAGUCCUCCACGAGCUUCUGCAAAGAAACAGUUGCCUUGUGUUCCGAAGAAUGCUGUGCCAGUAACCAAGCCUGCCUCCCCUGCCAUGUCAUCCCAGUCAACAAAUGGAACACAUGCUUCUUAUGGGCCUUUUUAUUUGGAGUAUUCUCUCCUUGCAGAGUUUACGUUGGUUGUAAAGCAGAAAUUGCCAGGUGUCUACGUGCAGCCAUCUUACAGAUCGGCGUUAAUGUGGUUUGGAGUGAUAUUCAUAAGACAUGGGCUGUACCAGGAUGGUGUGUUUAAAUUUACUGUCUAUAUUCCUGAUAAUUACCCAGAUGGAGACUGCCCGCGCUUGGUUUUUGAUCUGCCUGUCUUCCACCCACUAGUAGAUCCCUUGUCUGGUGAACUGGAUGUGAAAAGAGCAUUUGCAAAAUGGAGGCGAAACCAUAAUCACAUAUGGCAAGUACUAAUGUACGCUCGCAGAGUCUUCUACAAGAUUGAUACAACUAGUCCUCUGAACCCUGAGGCUGCCGUGCUAUAUGAAAAAGAUAUUCAACUGUUCAAAAGUAAAGUGGUGGACAGUGUCAAACUAUGCAGCAGUCAUUUAUUUGAUCAGCCCAAAAUAGAGGAUCCCUAUGCAAUCGUUUUUUCUCCUUGGAAUCCAGCUAUACAUGAUGAAGCUAGAGAGAAGAUGCUGACUCAGAAGAAGAAGCCAGAAGAUCAGCACUGCAAAAGCAUGCACGGUUCUGGCCUGUCAUGGGUAAAGCCUGGCUCCGUUCAGCCUUUCAGCAAAGAAGAGAAGACGAUGCCUACCUAGCUCUUCUGGACUGUGGUGCACAAAACACUUUCUAUGGGUGGAGGGAAUGUAAUGGAGGGAGAAACAGCAAAGCAGCGGUUUCCUUCUUGACUACGGAUUAGUAAGAACUGAACAGGAGCAGUGACUCCAGUAAACUUGCUCGAUGGAUUACUGACUCAGUGUUUUACAUAUGCAUUAGGUUUUAAAGGCUUGCCUGGAGUUUGGAAGUAUCUCUGAACACUGCAGUACUUCAAUCUGAAGACUGUCUAGAGUGGGUAAUUCCUCAGGGCUCGGAAAUGCCUGGAGGUUUUGGGUUGCUUUUAAGCUUUUAUUUUUUCCCUCCAGGAAAUAGCUAUUUUUUUUCCUCUAAAUUUUAAAUUGCUGGCAGAAAUACUAGCAGGAAAUAUGAUGCCAGAGGUAAGCUGUGUUCAUGUAAACUAAUAUAGCAGAGUUAAACACUAUAUUUAAUGGUUUUAAAUACUUUGGUUUCUAUUGUAAAUAUAUUAGGAUUUGAAAUUGUAAAUAGAUGGUUCAGUGACUCCAUUUAGCACUUUCCAGAGAUAAAGCUGAGGAUGAUACUCAGUGGAUGAUGUACUAUUGAUUUGUAAAUGGACGCUGUCACUAAAGCACACAUUAGUCUGACAGGGUGAAAGAAGAAUGUCAGGCUUAAUAGACUUUUAUUACAUAAACACUAAAAUCAAAGCUUUUAAUGGUGGUCUCUUGAGCUAAUAAAAUCUUAGAGGAUUUUAGAUUCCCUAGGUGUCUACACUGUAGGGAUUACUAGAAUAGCUUGACUAAUGUGUGUUAAUAGUGACAUCUUAAGAAAAUAAAAUGGAAUCAUCACUUUGCUUUUGUCCCACUGUUUGUGUUUUAGACACUUAGUAAAGACUGGAACUGGGAUGGAAGCACCUGGCUACAUAAGUGUUUGUAGAUGUCCUGUUGUGUGCUGAAGAGACUGGUUAAACACAGUUUUGUUCCACAUCUAGGAAAACCUUUCUUAAGCUAGUAUGAGCUCAGGACAAAGUCUUCCACUUUCCAUGAGAGUCCUCUUAAACAUCAUAAUGUCUUAUUGCUGCAUACCAGGAUUUUUCUAUAGGUUCAGAUCUUGUGAUGCUAGCCCGUUUCUGCCGGGCUUUUUUUCUUCAAGUGAUGCUCAUACCUGUCCAGGUGGCAUUAAGGCAAAGCCUGCUGCCCAGAAACAGGUCCUGGUGACGUCGUGUGUAGUCAAGGUGUAAGUUCUUGGGUUUGUUUGUAGUUUUUGUCCUACAGAAGCUAAAUCUACUUGUCCUACAACAACCCUUCUAUCUUAGAGAACAGAUUCUUACCUUUUAAGGAAUUGUACAAUGACCGCACACGUUAUGUGCUGUCAUAUUCCAAGCGAUUAACAUACUGCUAAGGAUGAGUUGUGCGGUUUCUAUAGAGCACUUAAGGAUGUAUGAGUUCAGUAUUUGUUCUUCAGGUGGAACAAUACAUGUUGCUUUGAGCCUCUUAAAGGUUCUGCCUUGGAGAUGCAACAGUUUCCUGGAGCUGGCUGGGAUGCCUCCUGUACUGCUGGAAUUCCUUUCAGGUGAAGACGACUCUGGUCAUGUAAAUCAGUACAGCUAUCUUAAACAUACGUAAUGGCUUCAAAUGCACUGUGGGUUUUUUUAUUAACUGUAUUGAUAGUGGUGUUUCAGCUGUUCUGGAGAUCCUGUGGGCUGGGAGGCUGAGUGCCCGCCCCAGCUGCAGCACUGGUUGUGUGUCCUGGUGGCAUCCCCUGCGCCGGGGGCCCUGUACAGCUCCUGGGUCACUGUGAUAUGGCUGUGGUCGCUGCUCCCCAGGGUCUUCGCUGCAGAGGCUGAGCACCGUGUCUGCCCCUGGUGGGAAAUGGUGAGUGGCCUCGUGCCUGGGGGAGGGCAGGAGGUGGGAAUGGGGGGGCCAGGCCCCUGCUCAGCCUCUCUCGCAUCGGGAAAAAGCUUGUAGGUAGUGCAGGACUGCAGCAUGGGAUUGCAGCUGUUUCUUGCCUCCCGUACUUCUGAAAUACUUAGUAGAAACAAAGGCUGCUGAGUUACUGUGAGUGGCCCUGCACAUGGACUAGAGUUGAGGAAGGGAACUGCCCCAAGUCCCUGUUGUUCAGACAGAGUCCACUUAGGUGUGGUUGUGUUCUGAUGGAGUUUGUGGAGGUGGUUGGGCACAUCUUCCUUUUUUCCAGACUUGCACCUUCACACAGCUGAAGGCAGUGCAUCGGGAAAGGCCUUUCUCUGCACAGCUGGGGCAGGAGCUCAGCUGUUCUCUGGUCUAGAUCUCUCCAGUGCUUUUAGGAAUCUUAAUAUCUCUUAAUUAAUGCUGUGCUUUGCAAUUGGUAUUGUUAGGAAGGGAUCUGCAGGAAGUAGCUUGCAUCCAUCUUGUGCUUUCCCAGCACUUCAGUGCACAGACACGGGUGUUCUCAGCUCCUGCACGUGGCACAGUGUGUGGGGUAGUGCUCACAGCAGCUACAGUUUAAAUUGGGGAUUAUUUCUGGGGCUAGGGGGUAAACUGACUGAUAGCUGGCUUAAUACUUGGAAAAUGGUUUUUUCUGUUGCUGUCUUACCUUUCUCUUUAAUCGCUCUGCAGCUGAUUUUCUUCCUGGGUGGGGAAAACAUCUCUGACUCUUGCUAUUUGCAUUGUAGGGAGCAAAUGCCUGAUAAUGCUAAGGAUAUGUUUGUUCGUUUUCACUCUGUGGUCCAUUGCCCCUUUCUGACAAGUGAGUUCAGCCAGUAAAGCAUGACUGCUGUCCUGCAGCUUUUCUGCUAGGAAGUCUCUAGAAUGGAGUACUGCAUGCUUGAAGCGGAGUUUAAAGCAAGGCUGGAGUCGUGAAAGGAAUGGCUAAAUUCCUUGUAACUCAGUGCAGAAGAAAGAGACAUCCCCGUGUUGCUCACCAUGGUUGGACUUCUCCAGUACCCCUGCUGGCCUGUGUCUGACGGGGCAGGGACACGCAGGCGUGUUGGAGUUGUCAGCAGACUGUUUGGAACUUCCACUGGAAGGCAGGAGCGCAGUAAGUGAGGUGAGAGGAAAAAGGGAAGAGAAGAAUAACUGGAUCACCUGUAAGCAGCCUGUGCACAAAAAGGAGCUGUUCCAGGAGCAAGAAACAUCUACACCACUGCUUGACUUCAGCCCUUCUUACACAGGACACCCUUGACUAUGAGUGUCUUGGUACAGUGCUCCCAUGUUUGAUACAUACGCAACUUCCUAUUCCAAAGCUGAAAACGGUCAAGCAUUGACAAAAACAGUGUGGAUUAUUUCCUAUCCUGAGUGAAGAUGCUGCUUGGAGAAGACUUCUCCUUCAGUGCAGGGGACUGGAGAUCAUGGGAUUGAGCCUGUUCCAUAUUCACCUGGUGAGUUCUGCUGGCUGCCGCUGUCACUGCUGCCAGACUGGCGGCGGCGUCUCCUGCCUUUUAUCAGGACGCUCCGAUACACCUGUGGAGAAACAAGAGCAGAACAAGCCUUGAAGAAGAUGGACACCUUUAAGCUGCUGCUAGCCACGGAUGUAAAGCUACUUCAGAACUUGGGACAGCUGUACUGUUCAUCUGCUCCAGCAGGGAGAAACUGCCUGCACAGGAAAUCUACUCUGCAGGCAUGGAGCUGAAUAAUCAAAAGGUAUGGUCACAGUUUGCCCGUUAUUGGCUGUUACAGUGGCGGUUGCUACUGUAACCAGUGUCUGGCCAGGCACUGGAGUUACUGACACUGCUUCAGGAUUCACAUUCUGCACGGGCACCGUAUUUACCACGGGCUGCUGGGAAACUCUGACUGGAGUUCCAUUGUCAGAGGUAUUUUCGUUAUCAACAAACAGCCUUCUCCGUGUAGGAUGGGCUGUAGGAGAACUGUAUCUGUCAUACAGGGUUGUAGGAGAAGAAAUGCCUGAGGAUUUAAAAGAAAAAAAAACAAAAAAACAACAACUAAAUCUUGUUCUAAAAUCCCUUAUUAUACAAAUACAUAAAAGAAAUUUGAUGAGAACCAAAACAAGACAGCUGGAAGCAUUGAAAAAUACUAAUGUCUACGUCUGUGGCAUACAGAUUAUGAGAUGACUCAAUCUCAAAUAACGUGGUGUUGAAUAUCCUUUUCUCAGCACAAGUAUUAUGUUUUAGUUUCCCAGAAAAAAACCUGAAGCCUCGCAGAACUCGUGGAGCUUUUAAUCUGGUGUAACAAGAAAACGAGCUGUUUAGGUGCUACUGAUUAGAACGGAGGUGUUCAUACAUGUACGCGUGUGUGCACGUAUUGUUAAUAUGCAUAAACUCCUGAAACCACUCUGACACAGGACUAUUUUGAUCUGAAAUAAUUAAUGUUUCUGUCUUAGAUAUCUGACUUAACUAUGCGAGUUACAACAGAAAUACCAUUUACAAGUGCCUCAUUUGUGCCUGACUGUACAUUAAGAUUACAGCAGCUUCCUUCCUGUAUGCCAUUUAGAUUUGUAAAUUCAAGGCGUGGUUUAAGACUGAUAAAUACGUUGUGCUUAAAAAAAUAGCUCACCUUUUCCGAGGCCUCCGGUUUCAGCACGGACCUCGUUUAAUCGCCUUGGUGUCAAUGGAGAACCCACAACACUGCUGGCAGCAGAUCUCUCAAAAUACUGAGGUGGCAUGACCUAAAAUAGUUGUGCUUUUAUUAGUGUGUCUGUAGCACAGAUUCAAAGCAUAACCGAAUUUUAAAACUUCUAGACUAAAAACGUUGAACAGUGAAACUAUAUGGAGGAAAAGAACAAGGAAGAGCAUUGAAAAAUUACUGAAAAUUUAAAUUAAACACUUGAUAAUGAUCGUACUACUCUAGAAGAUACAACCCUGUAAUAAUCUAUCUGUGAGUAUAAUUAAGAGUCUGUACUUAACCACAUUUCUGUAGCAAUUUUUUCAGGUGUGAUUGUUUCAUACCUCCCCUGUUCAUUAUUCAUUGUGCUGCUACUCUAUGUAACUAUGGGGUGAGUCACAUCAGCUGGAUGUCUGCACGGGGAUGUCUGUACAGCGAUAACACGCCAUGGACAAACACACAUACUCUUUCUCUGCCCUGCUUAGCUUGGAGGGAGAAACUGAACUUCGGGCAUGCAAAGCCUCUCCUUCAAGAGCUGAUGUCUGCUCUCUGCCAUCCUGUCUGAACAGGAAAAGAUGCGAGACGUGUUAUGGAAUACAAAGAAGCACUCACCUCUUCACAGCUAGGAACUUUGUUGUCGUUAUCUCUGAUUCUGUCCCACAAUAUGGAUUCCUGUUUCCAGGCCAUGCUUUCCAAGAUCUGUUCUUCAAUAUGAUUAAGGUGUUUUACUACUUCCCGACAAAGGCCAUCUUCUGCUCUAAUGAAUACCUCAAUUACCUGUAAAGCAGAGAAGGAUGAAGUCCAUGCAAUACUGAAUAAAUCAGUGACUGAGUCUAA